AUCUAACAAUAGAACAUGAUGUCCAAUCAAACACUUUCUAUUCCCUAUAUAACACCGUGCUGGGCAAAGUACUUGGUCAUCCCAGGAAACACGAGCAUCGCAAUGUUCUCGUUCGCUGUAUUCACAAUUCUUGUGUUCGGUAUAUUUAAGGAUUGUGCCUCUUCCCAUAAAUCGCACGUGAACCGAGACGUUCCAUACGAUGAGCUGAUAGACAGAAUUCAGCGUUACCUGGCUCUGCGUCAGAAUGACAUAGCGGCGCCCAGCACCAGAACUCCUGACGCUACACCCUCCCCGGGUCCCAAACCCUCCCCAGGACCCACGCCUUCCCCGGGAACCAAUGCCGCCGGGAGUACGUCGUCACGACCGGAUACUACCCACGCACCCCCUGGCACUCCACUCGCCCCGUCAACACAAUACCCUUACUUCAUGAAUGGUAGCUUCCCAGCGACACCUUCCUCUGGACCCAGUGUUGGACCGUUUCAAGGAAACUUUAGCUUGGAUACAAACCUCCAUUGUCCCAUUCUGACGGAACUUCUCAUGAGGCGCGUCGUCAAGUUCCCACGAACAGAUGAUAUGACGGAUUCUAUUACUGUUUACCCGGAGAAGUUUCGUCCCUUGUUGAGAACCGCCAUCAAACUCCUGUCCUUUGCUAAAGACCCGGAUGUCGCAGCUCUUUUCCUGCUCAGAAGAUUUACACGGGAUGUCAUGGAAUCACGGCUAAGAUGUGGCACGGCUAAAUACCAGCAGGUCUUCAUUUAUGCCAUCAUCCAGGAAAUGAAGAUGCUGUUACAGAAUAACUCGGUGGCUGGAAACAUUGUAGCCAGUCUACAGGGGUUUCCGAGGUCCCAGAAUUUAUCGCAGAUGAUCAUGAACUCUGUCAAGGGCGCGAUUUUCAACGACCUAAUGGAUUUUGCAAUCAAAAUGGAGUUUGGGGAGCUUGACGCCUUGGUGGAGAGGUUCUAUAACUACGUGGAGCGCCGCUUCAGAGAGAUGAUCAUGCACGGUGGGUCACGAGACACGUGGGCACCCAACUUCCUGGAGGAAAUGCGUCACUUCCUGGUCAACCAGCCUGGGCUUCAGUGUACCAGCCUAGAGAAGAUGAAGUGGAACCAUGCCUGGGUGGUUAAUGAAACCAAAAAUGGUUUUCUAGACAUGGAGCAGACUGGGUACAUUCACAGAGUAGGCCUCCGGAUGCUGACUCGGUUGGCCUCGGAGUUCUACGGCAAAGAGUGGCCCAACUAUGAGACUACUUUCCCGUAUGACACCAUCAUGAACUCCUUGAUCGGCUACACUAAGCAGGUGAUGAACGUCAUGGCGGACUACGAGCGCAAACUCUUCAACAGCCCCCUCAACAGCAUCGAGGCAAUCUUGUCCAAGUACCUAGCACCAGGACAACAGCAAGAGUUCCGACACAUUAUAAAUUUCCUGACCUCCCCUCACCCCACACCCUUCCCUCCCUCACCUUACCCCAGCGGCUCACCUACAACAGAUUGGAACACCAUUAGGAUUAAAGUUCAGGAAAGCCAGAGCUACCUGAAAAGAUUACUGUACAUGUUGGAAUCAUCCACCGGAAGUCCAGAUGACAUGAAAAAGCUUGUGACGGAAGCAGUGACCCGACUGGACAGGCUUUUGAGUUAUCUCCCCUCUCACACUGUUGUUUAAUAUGUAACUUUUUGUUGUUUUUUGGUACCUUUGUUAAUAAAUUAUAUUAAUUUGUA